AUGGUCAUUGUUGGUGAUUUCGAUGGACGCAUCUUGAUGUCACUGAUUGAAUCAAUCCCCAUCCCAAUUGUAACAAUUGACAGUCACUCUGAGUUCAUCUUUGGCGAUGCGAGUGAUGGGCUAUAUGUUUUUCAACCCGAUAUUAUAAUAAUGGCGAUGGAAGAUUCACCAAAGCAGCUGGGCAACGAUCUCCAACUGCUGCAGGAGAUGAAUCAAUGGAAUCACAUGGCUGCGCAUUUCAUUUUGGAAAUUUCAGCGAGAUUCUGUAAAGAUGCUUUGGAGAGUUUACUGAUAACUUGGAGAAUGCAUAUUCCACAGUCGUCCUACGUUUGUUUGAAUGCAGAGCAGGCAAUUGUGCUGUAUACACUCAAUCCAAUAACGAAUUAUGCACCCAAGCCCUGGCAAGCUAUCACCAGCGCAGAUAGAUUCAAUUCCAGUGACCGUUGGACACUCUACAGUCAAUUACUCAAUCCAAACGACAUCGCUUGUGACAGCCUGACCUUCGACCGAAUGAAGCACUUGAACGGCUACGAAAUAAAGGCCUUAACAGCACCGAAAAAUAACGUAUCAUUCAUUCCUGGUAAGAAUUACAAACAGGCAGGCUAUAAAAUGCUGGAGUUUUUCGGUAAAACUGUCUUCGACACCAUAAUAACACGAUUAAAUGCAACUCUGGUGCUCCAAAUUGAUGACAUCCAUAUUAUACCUCAAUAUCUUGCCAAUCAAAGUAUGGACAUUGACAUUCGAUUUACAUUGUCCUUCUCCAAGACCAAUGCAAGCUAUCUCUAUCCAUACUUUCAGCCUGAAGUGAUUGCUAUCACAAGAAUUAAAGAUUAUCUGUCAACGUUUGAGAAAAUUGCACAGUUGUGGAGCAGAUCUGUUCUAGUCUUGUCGUUUCUCACGAUUUUAAUAACAUUUGGAGUGAUGGCAGUGUAUAAGCGGCAGGGAUUUUCAUUGGCAUUAUUGGAGAUCAUCCGACUUUUGUCAUAUGCUUCCAUUCAGAAUAACUUUCAGUCGACAGCUAUGAGAAUUUUCUUCAGCAAAAUUCUUAUAUUCAUCGUCAUCACCAACGGAGUUUUCCAGGGACGAUUGGCGGCUUUUUUGACGAAACCCGAGGAGGGGUACAGUCCCGAAAAUUCUGAAGAUUUGAAGAAUUUAAAUUAUACUUUAUAUGGCAUUCAACAGAAUGUAAAAUAUCUACGUACAAUGUUUCCGGACAAUCGUGUGGUGCUUGUUACCCAGAAAGAUUGCGUUGAGAUGGCACUUGCGUCACUUUCUGCAGCUUGCGUUGGGACGAAAGCAAAGUAUUUGAACAAGUAUUGGAUGAAACCAAUUCAUACCACGAGAGAGCCGUUGUUUGUAGAUUAUUGGAAUCACCAGUGCCGUAAAGAUUGGCCUCUGAAGCAUCGGGUUGAAGCGGUCCUGACACAGAUAAUGGAGUCCGGAUUAUUGGCCCGCUGGGCAUUCCAUAGUAUAUCAACCGUACUGGAUAAAAAACGUGCUGAGGACGUGGAACGUGCUGCUACCAAGUAUCGUCCUGUUGAGCUGAAAGCAUUGGAUUUUUCAUUUGCAUUAUUGGCUUUUGGAUUAGUAUUAGCAACCAUCGUAUUGAUCAUUGAAUUCUUGAUGAAGAGAGAAUCAAAUACUAAAAUACGAGAAGAAAUUAAAUUUAGGAAUUUUUUUAUAGCACGUAGAACUACCAUUUAA